AUGAUGAAUCUUCCACCUGGCUACACUCCACGCACCGAAUCAUCAACAAACCGCGUCCUCGGACGAACCGAGACCCUGGCUCCUAAACCGCGCUUCCGUUGGCCAAACUUGCGCUACAACCACUCGCUAUUCAGACGUCUGCCUCCCUUUACCUCCUCUCCUUCCAUCCGACCCCUGUUCCGUCGCGAAACCAGACCGAGUAAGCUCUCGAUUCUCCUCCGUGUCCUCGUCGGCCCGCUUAGGACUCGCCGCACCCAGAAUCGCCUGUGGGAUCUCCGCCACGAAGCCCUCCCCGCACUCCGACAUCGUGCUCAGUCGCGAAUCUACCGUGCAAUCGUUAAUCGACAGGCGCGACUUGCAGCACGCAAUCGCAGAUCCGGUGGGGGCUUCGUUGCCUAUCUCCUAGGGCCUCGGCGACGGCUGCGGGGCGGGAAGAGUGGACUUGGAACCUGGGCUAGUCGUCUUGCGCGACGCUCGAGAGCUAUCAAGGCCUCUGCAGAGGGGCCAAGCGAUGCUGCGAGAGGCUCGAUGGCUCAGUCCAGCCUCUCGUCAACAUGGGGUGUAGGAAGCGGUGAUGGAACCGCCCCCGGGAGCCGCCGUAAAAAGGCCUACGAAUGGCUGAAAGCUGCCAACGAGCUGGGUCAGGCGUAUACAUCACGAUGGACUGGCCCGAGGAAUGAUUCCUCCGAAGACUACUAUCAUACACCCGGUGCCUUCCCCGACGUGGAGAUUGCGCGAUCCGGGGACGAAGAGAUGGUGCUGUUCCCGAGCUAUGGCAGACGAUUUCCACCCAAGAAGGCAAACGAUACUAAGAUGCGCCCACGACGUGAUUCAUGGUCCGAGACGAUCGACGAAUACCGAGGUGUUUCCGAGGAGAGCGACCGCUCUGGCAAUGUUUGGCCUGAAAUGGAAAUCGAAAAUGCCGUCGUGGAUGUUGACGUGCGUGGCUGGAUCUAUGCACCGAACCGAGGGCCGAUGAGCAGGAAACAUCGCCUGAUGGUCAAGCUGGCGCGAACACUUAGCGGUAUCCCAACGCCCUCGGGUACAGCCAACGAGGAUGGCCCUGACGCCCCACCUUCUAAAGGGGAGGACGAGUACGUGGACAAGCAGAUGCAGACGUUGGUUGAUACCGCCGAGAGAGAUGCCGACCAGGCAUGGAAGAGCUCUCACACCGAGCGUGCUCGCGAAGGUGUUAACCAAGUCGCGCAAUGGAGCAAGGAUGAGAUAUCCAUGGCGAAUGCACAUCUGAUGGAGAGACUCCGCCCGUUCUUAACGAAUCCUGUUUCUGGGAUGCCGGUGACCAUAUUCUUCUUUAACAAUGACCAAAGCGAGUCUCGUAACCUCAUGACGGAUGAAUCUGGUCAUUUCAGUGUUCGGGCUCCCUUGCCCUUCGUCCCAACGCACGUCCGAGUACUUGCGUCCGAAGAUUUAUCAGCCGCAAAGCCCAUCGAAAUUAUCGGACCAACUGGUAUCAGUCUCAUCAGUGACAUCGAUGACACGGUCAAGCACUCCGCUAUCGCGAGCGGCGCAAAGGAGAUGUUCCGAAACACCUUCGUCCGAGAAUUGGCGGAGCUCAAAGUGGCUGGAGUUAGCGAAUGGUAUACCCAGGUGGCUAAAAAAGGAGUGGAAAUGCACUAUGUGUCCAACGCUCCAUGGCAAUUGUAUCCUCUCCUGGAGCGAUACUUCAAGAUGGUUGAUCUCCCACCAGGAUCGUUCCACCUCAAGCAGUACUCGGGUAUGCUCCAAGGCAUCUUCGAGCCCACCGCAGAGAGAAAGCGAGGUUCGCUCGAGCAGAUCAUGCGAGAUUUCCCUGAACGCAAGUUCAUUCUCGUCGGUGAUAGUGGAGAGGCCGAUCUAGAGGUCUACACCGAUAUUGUUCUCGCGAACCCUGGUCGAAUAUUAGGCAUCUUCAUCCGCGAUGUGACCACCCCCGAGCAAAAGCCGUUUUUCGACCAAUCCGUGAAGGAUCUUGACGCCGCACCCACUCGCAGUCGCAGCACGCCGCAGCUCGUGGACAAUUCGGAUUCCGCGGCGCGAAGACCUACUUUGCCUCCCCGCCGACCGAUGGAGAAAUCGGGAUCAUUGGAGACAGAUACGAGCAGCCUGGACAAUGGGGAUCUCAUUGAUCUGCGGAAUGAGGAAGAACCGCGCGCGCUCAGGGCUGAUGCAAGUGCACCUGCAAAGCCACGCCUUCCUCCUACCAAGCCAUUAAAGCCAUCUUCGCUCCGCACGGCAUCAGGACCGAGAAACGCUCUCGAACCGCCAGCAAGCAUGUCGAUAACCCCAUCUCAAGAAGCUAUUCGCCGCAAGCCAGUGCCUCCCUUGCCGCCUCGACGCACCUCGACGCCCAAGACAGAUUCAUUGAUCGACCUCGACCCUUCUCCCAUCUCUCGCUCUCAGACUGAACCUGUCAUGGAGGGUGAUCGCGCACCUGCCAUCCCAACUCGAAACAAGCCACCUCCUCCAGUACCACCUCCUCGGCGCAUCAACACUGCAUCUUCGACUAGCAGCUCUGCGACGACCGGCACGGCUGCGUCACGCCCGGCACCACCCCCCAAACCAUCAUACCCCACGGCUGCUGCGCAGGCUGCAUUACAAUAUGCCACCGAGCGGCUCAACCUUUCGUCGUCGCCGGUUCCGGUGCCUGGUUUGCGCCCCACGGCUUCCAACCAGUCGCUGGGACGAACGAACUCGGGCAAUUCCUACAACACCGCCGAGUCCGAAAUGCCACCCGCCCCGCUCCCCAAUAAGCGCGAGGAGUUAUGGCGACGUCGCUGGGAACGCGCGAGCGAGAUUCUUGAAACCCAUGGCGUGGUGCUGGGUAGCUGGCGUGUUGGAAGCGAUGCGCAGUCUGUCUGCAUGUGGCUCAUCGAGGAGCAGCUGAAGAAACUCCAAGAUAGCCGUGAUCAAUGA